AUGGCCCUUCUUCAUGAAAAAAGCGACAUCUGUUGUAAGUCCAAAUUGGAUAUAUUUUCAGUCCCCUACACACAGAUGAGUAUUGUGAAGGGGCCAUGGGUGGAAUAUCAUCCAGUUAGUAACAUUACCGAUUUCGGCCCCAUUGAAUUUAAUCUAUCCGGAACGGCUGAGGAAUACAUAGAUCUAUCCCAAACUAUGCUUCAUGUAUUAGCAAAAGUCGUCAAUCCAGACAAUACGGAUCUCGCGGAGGAUGCCCCGGUUGGACCAAUAAAUUUACUAUUACCAUCGAUUUUCAGUCAGAUAGAUGUCAAACUGAAUGAGACCCUCGUUUCACAGCCAUCCAAUACAAACGCUUAUAGAGCGUUCAUAGAUGUUUUAACCCACUAUGGCAACGAUUCAAUGUCAUCCCAGUUGACCCAACACCUAUUUUACAAGGAUAAUGCAGGAAAAUUGGACGUAGUAAAUCCUCUUCUCCCCCACCCCGAAGCAAACGAGGGUCUGAAGAAAAGACAAGAGUUUACCAGUCAGAGUAAAACUGUAUCCCUUUUGGGUCCCUUGUAUGGGGACAUCUUCUUUCAAGAGAGACUUAUGCUUCCAGGCGUGGAUGUAAAAAUCAAGCUCAACCGAAAUAAAGAUGCCUUCUGCCUGCUCACAUCACACCCUACGUUGAAAUACAAGAUCGUCAUUGAGAAAGCCAUUCUAUACAUUAGGAAAGUAAAAGUCAACCCUUCUGUGAUGUUGUCACAUGCGAAAUGUCUGGAAACUGCUCCAGCUAAGUACCCGAUUAACAAAGUGGACGUACGUUCCUUUACCAUACCCUCUGGAAAUAUGUCUAUGAAUAAAGAUAAUCUGUUUCUGGGUCAAAUUCCAAACCGUAUCAUCAUAGGCUUUGUGGAUAAUGAUGCCUACAACGGAAACUAUAGAAAAAACACAUACAACUUCAAACAUUAUAAUCUAAAUUACAUCUCCAUCACAGUGGACGGAGAGCCGGUCCCCAUGAGACCACUGCGUCCUUGUUUCGAAGAAGGAAAAAGCCAAAACUACAUAGAGGCCUAUAAUACGCUAUUCAUGGGAACCAGUCGUCUCUUUUCAGAUCGUGGGAUAGCUAUAAAUAGGGAGGAGUAUGCAAAAGGAUACACACUUUACGCUUUCGAUCUCACUCCCGAUCUAAGCGAUGGCUGUCAUUUGAAUCUGGUCAAGGAAGGAAAUGUACGUCUUGAAGCGGGAUUUGACGUUGCUCUACCCAAUACCCUAAAUUGUAUUGUAUACUCUGAAUCUCAAGGGCUCAUCCAGAUUGAUAGAAGUAGGAACGUCAUAUACGACUUCAAGGGUUGA